GGAGGGGGCGCCAUGGAGUGUGUGUUCACGCCGCUGGACUGCCUCCUGCCCGCCGGAAACCUGAAGUUUUGCCUUCUGAUUCUGAACCAGCCUUUCAACAAAGGUCAUUUUCAUUGUCUGUGGAGCAAAGGUGACCUUCCUUCGUGACUGUUGGAAGAUCUGGCAUAAAGAAAGUACCUAGGAAGAAUUUUAUUUCCAUUUUAGAUUUAUUCUGUGUGGCAAGAUUUUGGGGAUCAAGAUAGUCGUGAUGCAGAACUCUUCUCCUCCUGAAAGCUGUGCUGGCUGAAAAAGCUACAACCCCCACCUGCAAGUCAUGGCAUCUUCCCUGGAGGCAAUGGUUCUCCUGACCCAUCAGAGCUCAGUGAGUUACCUGGACAACCAUUCCUUCAUCUGGUUUAGUUCACAGAGCUGCACUCAGAGCUUGUGCUGAUGGAGGUGCUAAUCGUCUAUAUCACAUCACAGAAGGAAGCCAGGACAGUGACACCUGAGAUGUCUUUCUGCUGCUCUGGCAGUGUGAAGAAUCUUUUAGAAUCAGAAGAAAUUAUAAUAACAUUCUCGGAAAAGGACAGCUUGCAAUUUGGGACUCUUAUAGGGGUUUCUUCCUUUGGAGCUUCUUGCCUGAUUACAUCAGUGGUGAUUUUGAUUCCAUUCAGCCUGAAGUCAAGGAGUACUACAAGGCCAAGCCUUUGUUUUGCAUCAUUGGCUUGUCAAGGGUGUGAGUUAAUUGAGACCAUGGAUCAAGAUUUCACAGACUUCACCAAGUGCCUUCAGAUCCUCCAGAAAAAGAUAGCGGAGAAGGACCUGCAGAUCGAUAUGAUUGUGACUUUGGGUGGACUUGGAGGACGCUUUGACCAAAUUAUGGCAUCAGUGGAAACACUUUUUCAUGCAACAAAUAUCACUCCUUUUCCAGUGAUAGUUAUCCAGGAGUGCUCGCUGAUUUACCUACUUCAGCCUGGCAAGCACGAGCUGCAAGUGGACACGGGACUGGAAGGCGCCUGGUGCGGCCUCAUCCCCAUCGGGAACCCCUGCGACAGCGUCACCACCACCGGCCUCAGGUGGAACCUCACUAACCAGGUGCUGAAGUUUGGAACGCUCGUCAGUACUUCCAAUACCUAUGACAACUCUGGGAUUGUGACCAUCGAGACAGACAAGCCUUUGCUGUGGACAAUGGCUAUCAAAACAUAAGAUGAACUACAGCUGCCUUUUCUCAUCCAACUCACAUUUCUGCAAAAUUUCAAAUUUCUCUGAAUCAAGACAAUAAAACUGUUCCUAAAGGAAUAAGCAAACACUGACUUUAUGUACUGAAUGGAAAGCAGGCCUGAAAUAAAAGUCACUUACGACCAAAUCAAGAUGAGUAACAACUGAGUACUUCAUUCCAGUACCUCACUACUUGAUCAGAAGACAUGCUGCCACUGCAUAUGAUUGCAAACAGAAGUGGAUGCAAAGAACUGCUAAUUUGCUAGUUUGGAUAUUUUUACAAUGUAUUUUAUCCCAAUAUUAAACUAUUUUCCCCCUAUUACCAAAAUAAAAUAUGGUAAACAUUU